AUGGAGGACAGCAAACAACACGGCGUGAACAUCUCCGAACAGGGGACAGACCCAGGGCACAAUGAGCGAUGGGAAACUAAUGCCUCCCGAGAAAAGGACGAUGUGACCAAGAAGGGCCUUCAGGACGCAGACUCAGAGGAGGUCAUCAGUACAGAUGGCGGUACCUUUACCGAAGAUUCGCCUUUCGAGGAGGUCAGAGCUGCCGUCCGCAACACCGACGGCGGGGAGGUUGCCAACACCGUCCGGGCAUGGAUCUUGGGCAUGGUAUUCGUGACAGUCGGCAGUGGCCUGAACAUGUUUCUCAGCAUGAGGAGCCCUGCCAUCAACUUCCCGUCCAUCAUCGUCCAGCUGCUGGUGUACCCAAUCGGCUGCCUAUGGGCCAGAGUCGUACCGACGAGGGUCUUCAACACGUUCGGCGUCGAGUGGACCUUCAACACGGGGCCGUUCACGAUCAAGGAGCACGUCGUCAUCACCCUCAUGUCCAACGUCUCCAUCGGCUACGCAUACAGCACCGACGCCCUCCUCGCGCUCCAGGGCAAGCCGUUCUACGACAUCAACCUGGGCUGGGGCUUCCAGAUCCUCUUCACCCUGAGCUCCCAGCUCAUCGGGAUCGGCCUCGCCGGCCUGUGUCGACGGUUCCUCGUGUGGCCGUCGGCCAUGAUCUGGCCGAAUCAGUUCGCCAACACGUCCCUGUUCUACGCCCUUCACGACAAGAGCAAGAACGACGGAACGCACAGCAACGGCUGGGUCAUCAGCCGUUACCGAUACUUCUUCUACGUGCUCGGCGCCAUGUUCUGCUACUACUGGAUCCCCGGUGUGCUCUGGCAAGGGCUCUCGGUGUUUGCGUUCGUCACCUGGAUCAAGCCCAACAACGUCGUGGUAAACCAGCUGUUUGGGGGGUUCACAGGUCUCUCCCUCAUCCCGAUUACCUUUGACUGGACCUAUGUCUCCGCGUACCUGGGAGACCCUCUGCUCUCGCCGACGCACACGCACAUCAACGUGCUCAUCGGGCUCUUCGUCUUCGUCAUCAUCCCGACCAUCGGGAUCGCGUACUCGGGCGCGCUCUUCGCCGACUACCUGCCCAUCAACACGUCGCAGACGUACGACAACACGCAGAGCUCCUACAAGGUCAGCAGGAUCCUGGGUCCGGGCUACACGUUUGACGUCGAAAAGUACAAGGCAUACUCCCCCUUGUUCCUCCCACCCACCUUCGCCCUCAACUACGGCCUGUCGUUCGCAGCGCUGACGGCGGCGAUCGUGCACUGCGGCUUCUUCCACGGCAGGGAGAUCUGGUACCGGCUGCGGGCGGCGCGCAACCAGGAGGCGGACGUCCAUCUCAGGCUGAUGAAGAAGUACCGGGACGCGCCGGAGUGGUGGUACGCCGUCCUGCUCCUCGUCGCGGUCGGUCUGGGGUUCGCCACGGUGGAGGGCUACGACUCCCAGCUGCCGUGGUGGGCGUUCAUCGUCGCCAACCUCCUGGCCAUGGUCUUCGUCGUGCCGACGUGCACGAUCCUGGCCAUCUCCAACCUCGGGCUCGCGCUGAACGUGCUGUCCCCCUUCCUGGCCGGCUUCAUGAUCCCCGGGAAGCCCAUCGGCGUCAUGAUCUUCAAAGUGUACAGCACCAUUACGCUGGGCCAGGCCCAGACGUACUCGGGGGACCUGAAGAUGGCGCAUUACAUGAAGAUCCCGCCGCGUACCACCUUUUGGUGCCAGGUGGUGGCCACGAUUUGGGCCGUGUUUGUGCAGAUCGCCGUGAUGAACUGGACGUUGGGCAACAUCGAGGAUUGUUGCGCACUGACCCAACAUGCUCACUUCACCUGCCCCAACGGAAGGGCGUUCUUCUCUUCCUCCAUCGUCUGGGGCGUCAUCGGGCCGAGGAGGAUGUUCGGCGCCGGCUCCAUCUACCAAAACUUCAACUACUUCUGGCUCAUCGGCGCCUGCUUGCCGGUCGUCUUCUACGUCCUGGCCAAGGUCCUCAACCUGAAGUUCGCCAAGGCGCUCCACGCCCCAGUGAUGCUGGGCGCGAUGGGCUGGCUGCCGCCGGCUACGCCGCUGAGCUUCUCGAGCUGGGCCAUCGUCGGCCUCAUCUUCAACCACGGCAUCCGCAAGCGAUUCCGGGGCUGGUGGCAGACGUACAAUUACAUCACGGCCGCGGCGCUGGACGCGGGUCUCAUCAUCAGCACCAUCGUCAUCUUCUUCGCCAUCACGCUGCCCAACGUCACGAUACCGCAGUGGUGGGGAAACGUCGAUGUGUACAACACUCUGGACUCCACGUAUGGCGCCAUUUUGAAAACGGUGGGGGAGAACGAGACGUUUGGCCCAGCCAGUUGGUGA